CAUCGUGCGCAUGGAUCGAUCAUGAGCUUACACACUGUACAACGAGUUCUCUUCUUACCUACUUCCACUUCCUCAAAACUGGAAAUCGUCAUAUAAAAUCGUCUUCCAGAGAAAGUGCGUACGUGCAUAAAAACUGAACAACGGAGAACACUCGCACUCGACGUGACUCGUUUCCUUUCACGAUUCACGAGGGACGUCGACUACGAAUCUACGAGGUAUGCCGUCCUGUUGUAGAGGGUAUGAAUACGAUGCAGGAGGAACAUAUGAGGACGCUUCAUACACUUCCUCCAAAUCCUUUCAACGCCUCGAAUCCUAGCUCCGAUUGCUGGGUCGCCCUUCACGCUGCAAGGGGUCUCUGUGUUAUGGACAAUCCCGACUUUAUCGCUCUCUCCAAAGCAUUCUGGCCUCAAAUUUUUCGUUGGAUGUCGUUCUUCAUUAGAGAAUCGCUUCUAAAAGAUCAUCCACAUCCUUUGGGACCGAAAGGACUCGAAUUCCGACGGAAAGCCGUAUAUGCAACACAUGGUGUCCUCUGUCGAGUUGUAGAGCUUCAUGUCGCCAAGGCUGAGGAGGUGAAGAGGACUCCGGAACUGAUACCUCUUGUCACCAAACUUGCACUUCAUUUGGUGAAGAAUCAGGACCCAAAUUUUGAACUCAUUUGGUCCCCUCUCGUUAAAAUCAUCGACAAUUGCGAUAACAUCACCCUUUUCCGCCGUGGCUUGCGGGAUAUUGUUGCCAGUGAUGAUCCGGUCGAGGAUGUGGCGAUCGUAACUCUCCGACUGCUCGAAAGCGAAGUACAACGCACACCGGUGAUGGAUCUUUACGUUCUGUACGGGCUCAUGGAGAUGAUGAUGAUGUGCUCUCGGUACAACUUCCAUAUUCACCAACGAUUGCUAUCAGCGGCCGUAGCGGAACGCCUGCCAAAGGUUUUUACACGCUACCUCCCUCAGUCGGCGCUAUACAGCUCCGGAGAUCCCCCGUUCAUAUUUCGAGGCGUGUCCUCCGCGUGUUUGCUAUUAAAACACUGCUUCGACGAUGGGUUUACCUGGGCCUGUCAAGCCCUCGAUGAAGGGCUCCUCCCGUCCCUCGUCGCGUUGUUCAUGUCCGAUAUUUCUGACCAUGGGACUAGGACGAGCGAAGUAGUCCACUUGCCGGUCUCUAUGUGUCUGAACACGCUCAAAUCGCUCCUUGUCUUUCGCUCGGUACUCAACCGUGUGUAUCGUUAUGUGAAGAUUGUGCCAAAUGAGCACAUGAGGAAACUGUCGAGAGCCGCCCUUCGUGUUCAUAUACCAUUGCUAGUACUGUUCGAGGAGGCUCGAAGAAUGAAGAACAAGAUGAACUCAUUUGAUUUGGAUCCAGUUGGCUUGGUUUGCUCCAAUCGUACGUGCUCGAGAGGGCGAAGACGUCAACGGGCUGGCAAACGUAUCAAAUGGAAACGAUGCGACGCCUGUCGAACAGUGGUUUACUGCUCUGAAUACUGCCAGACACAGGACUGGACCAACAGGCAUUCUGUUGUAUGUCGCCAUAGUAGAAGGUCAGGAAACGGCGAAUCAUAUCGCAUCUCCAACCUGGAUGAAGCCUUUCUCCGGUACCUGGUAUCCCUCGAAGAACGUAAACGAGAGAUCGGAAGGCAGCUCCGUUUGAUGCACUCGAACUCGCUCAAACGCUCACAUCCGAUAGUCGCACAAUUCGACUUUCGAGCAUCUCCCGUCCAAUUCAAGGCGGUUCCGUACGAAGAGGCGCUGAGGGAUCUCCAACCUUUGAGUCAUGGAAGAUGCACGCAGGGUAACACUGAUUGCUGUGUCGCGGAGAAUAGACUGUGUUGUAAGCAAUCCGAAGAACAAUUGGAGGAAGAAAGAAGGUCAUGGGAUAGCGGUAUGGAGAUACUAUACCAAGUGGUAUAUGUUGGGUUGGACUGUCAUUCAAGUUUCAUAUUUCGGAAGGAGAAAUAAAGUAUUCCUUGAUAAUAUCGCGGUCGUCUGAUCAAGGCACAUGCCUCUACAUGCGUGAGUGACCAAGUCUGAUUGAAAGCCUCAUACUAGUUGUCGAGAGAUAAGAAU